UGCAACCGUAUUCUGGCCCCGCCGGGUAUCGACAAUACUACUCAUGAAUGUUUUGAAAAGGUACCUCAAGUUCUCAUUGAAAAGGUCCUCGAAACUGCAAGGCACCCGGGCCAUGGCGGCUGUGACACAGGUGCUCGCAUGCGAUUCGACAUCCAUCGUCUUUUCUUUAGACGACCAGGUAGCGAUCAGUUCACCUGAAACCCUCACAGCCUUGCAUACCGCAGCAUCCUGCCUCAAAGAUCUCUUGCCAGUCGCUUUCCCCACAGAAACUGUUUAUGGGCUCGGUGCUAUCGCUCUAAAUGCGACCGCAGCCCUUAAGAUAUUUUCCACCAAAGGCCGACCAGCUGACAACCCUCUAAUCGUACAUGUGUCCUCGCGGCGUAUGCUACAGACUUUGCUUCCACAAAAUUACACGCUCUCGCGUUCUUACGAGUUGCUCAUAGAGCAUUUUUGGCCCGGACCCCUCACGCUGCUUUUCCCCUGCGAUCAUAGCCUGAUACCCGAUAUCAUUACUGCUGGCCAACCAACUGUCGCAAUCAGAAUGCCAUCACAUCCAGUAGCACGAGCACUCAUUGCUGUUACCGAUGCACCACUCGCAGCUCCAAGCGCCAACUCCUCCGGGAAACCUAGUCCCACCCAUGCAGAGCACGUGUUGAAUGACUUGAAUGGCAAAGUUACAAUCAUUCUUGACGGUGGCCCAUGUGAAGUUGGUUUAGAAAGUACGGUGGUAGAUGGUCUACAUGAGGAUGGAAAUAUCCGCAUCCUGCGACCUGGCGGAAUCACGGUGGAAGACAUCAAACGAGUGCUCGUCAAUGGCUUCUCGGAUACCGAUACACCAAUACCCCAGAUCCUCGUUCAUCGUCGUGAUUUUCAUGACGACACAUUGGAACAGGCACCUACUACACCUGGCAUGAAAUAUCGUCAUUAUUCUCCCUCAGUGCCAGUGACGCUAAUGCGCAUGUCCGAUGCUCCCCUUGGAAUAGAACCUCUUAGCCCCUCCGCCUUUCUGGAGGUUCUCAAGCGUUCAGUGUCACAUUCUCCUGACGUUCUCCGCGUCGGGUUAUUGAUGCCUUCGGAUUCUAUUUUGAUGAAAUAUCUUAUCAGCGAUACAACCAUCCAGUGGCAUGAAUUUCCCCUUGGGCUCGUUUCGGAGCCAGCAAUUAUUGCAAGGCGGCUAUUUGAUGGACUUUUGACGUUAGAAAGGGAAAGAGUAGACUUGAUCUUAGUGGAGGAGGUUCCAGAAGAAAAUGAAGGCCUAGCAAUCAUGAAUCGGGUCAAGAAAGCAGCUGGGAGCUCGCAAUGGAUUGUUUUUCCCUAGAAAUUGCGCGAAUUUGGCUGCGUUUACAUUGUUUAUAAUUUUAAUAAAACUAGAUAAACAAUUAUAAGGCUAGGCAGUAUGUUUAAUUCUCUAUCAGUUGACAUCCCAGGCAUGACUUAUGACCUUGUCUCAAUUGACAUGCAUUA